UAGCUCUUUUGUGAAUUGGUCGCUUUGUCAACAUCUCUACGUUCUACAAAUUAAACAAAUAUUUUUUUUGAGUUUUAUUAAAAUGGAAGAUUUCUGCCGAACUUGUGGCAAAACGGUGAAUGAAGAAAGUUGUGUUAACUUAUUUUCAACCAUGGGUCGUCGCCUUUUACACUGCGUGCGCAACAUAACAAAUUGUUGGAUGGAAAAUGUUACCGGUUUUCCUAUUUAUAUAUGCGAGGACUGUCAGAUUUUGGUAAAGAAGGUAAAUACCUUUCGUAAACGCUGCACAAAAAUAGAAGCUUUUCUAGCAAAACGGAAAUCCAAAUUAAGCUCAAACAAUGAUAUUUUGCCUGUAAAAUCAGACCAAGUUAAGAUUGCCGAUCCGCUUCGAAUUGAAGCGGUAGAUGUUGCUGUUGAUAUUAAAUUGGAAUCAAAGACUGCACAUCACAUACAAACCGAAGAUUGUAUUCAUAAUGACCUGCGCGAGGACAACGAAGAAACUAACGAGUGUUAUUAUGGAGAUCAACCAGAUUCAGAUGGCUACGCUGAUAUAUCCUUUGAUGAGGAACUACGGAGUGGUGAGUCUCCAAACUCUCCAACUGCCCAGCCUGAAACUCAGUUGAAAACUUCAGUAGACAUUGAUCCAAAUACAAAAGCGAAAAAAAAUACCCGCAAGUACACCAUGCGUGUGGGUAAGAGAACUAUGUACAUUAAAUUAACAAAUGAGAAACAGCCAAAGCGUAUUGUGGACCGAGAGCGACAAUGGGCCUCAGCGCGUCCCUGCAUUUGUGAGCACUGUGGCCGCCAAUUCAAGGAUGGCAGCAAUCUUAAUGUGCAUUUGUUGCGGCACACCGGCACUAAGAACUACGAGUGCCAGGAAUGCAACGAAAGGUGCUACACAUUGCACCUGUUGCGACGCCAUCAGCUGAAGCAUACUGAGGGUCCGUACGCUUGCACCUUCUGUGGACUACAAUACAGUACCAACAGCUCGCGGGUGCGACACGAACGUGAAGCUUGCAAGAAGGGUCGAGCUCCACAAUCAAAAACGGAGCUAAUUAAACGAGGUGAACGCACAUUUCACUGUGACGUCUGUGAUCUUUGGUUCCUGCGUGCCGGAAAUUUAACUCAGCACAUAAAUUCAACAAAUCAUAUUGCUAACGCGCGGAUUAAAAGUAAAAAAUCACAAUCAAAGCUAAAGAAAUCGCUAAAUGCUACAUCAUGAAAUCAGAUGUUUUGUCACUUUGAGACAUGUUUGUAAUAAAAAAUAAUAGGAAAAUAAUGCUGUGUA